CCUAAUCUCGUCUUGCAUGGUUUUUUGAUUAUGUAUCGUACAACAGCUUGUAGUGGAGCGGAAAGAGGCCGAAGCUGAGGCACGGGGCUUUUUUGAUCCAGCACGCCGGUGGAAGGGUCGAGAUGUAUAUCCUCGACCCUCAAACUGGGUCUAUUGUCGUCGAACAAAAAACAACUGGUUUGACAAGACAAAAAUUUUAAUGGAUCAAUACAAGUUGUAUAAGAGACAUGUUCUUGGCAAGGGUCACCAUGCAGACGUAUACAAGGGUUCUGAUCUGUUAACAGGCCAAGAUUUGGCCAUCAAAGUAAUCUAUAAGACAGUGACGCGACGCCUAGGUUUUGUGAAAGAGGAUCCUACGCAGCAGGCUAAAAACAGACGGCUGUUGAAUGAGGCCUGGUUCAUUGACUACUUGAAAGAUGCACCAGGUAUCUGUAAGAUGCUUCGCGUUGUCGAGACGGCAACAAAGUUCUAUUUCGUGAUGGAGCUUGCCCAUUCAGACUUAAACUCAUACUCAAAUGGCACUAACAUGCGUGAGGAAGAGAUUCGUCAUAUUCUCAAACCCAUUUUUGAGUGUCUCAAGCAUGCUCAUAGUCACAACGUCACUCAUCGUGAUAUCAAGCCAGAGAAUAUCUUACUGCGAAUAAGAAAAGAAUGGCUUCAAAAUAAUGAUAUCGCCACCCUCAGUUUAAACUCAAAGCCUAAAACCAAAGUCAACGGAAAACAAAAACCUACUACUCCUCAAGACCUUAGUAAUGAUAUCCCACACAUAUUUAGUUCUAAUGAUGGAUCUAGUAUUCCAAGUAGCAUGCUCGUUAAUGGGAGCCCAAGCAUGGAUAUAGAAAAAACAUCAGAUUCGACGGAUUCUUCAACGUUGUAUAACCAAAACCGCCGUUUUGACGCAUUCUUAGCAGAUUGGGGAUUGGCCGUGGAGCAUGAUUGCAACAGUGGAAGAAAGCCUGUUGGAACACCAUUGUAUGCAGCACCAGAGGUCGUACGCAAAAUGAAGAGAAUUCGCCGCCGUGAAUGGAUCAACUACAGAGCCUGUGACAUCUGGAGCUUGGGUGUGACCAUGUUUGUCAUUGCUACUGGAAAUUACCCAUAUCAUAUCCAUGACGCAAUCGAAGCCCAGUCUCCACCGAACUGGGCUGCGCUCGAAGCAUCCGGCAUGUCGCAGGAGUACAUUACGCUCACUCAACAGUUAAUGAAUCUGACAGCUGAGUUGCGACCUUCCGCCGCAGAGGCAUGCAAUGAUCCAUGGCUCCAGGGUUAAAAAGUCUCUUUAUAUACCAGUCAUACUCAUUUACUCGCAUUAAUGAUAAUCUAGCAUUGUACUUUUAUUAAAUAUUUUAAU